AUGAAGAUUGAAAAUCGCACAUUCAUCGUGUCUGGAGGCGCCUCGGGCCUGGGCAGAGCAUGCGUCGAGGACAUUGUCAAGCACGGCGGAAGCGCCGCCAUUCUGGACCUGAGCGAGGACGGAAAGACGUUUGCGGAUGAGCUCGGCCCGUCUGCCAGGUUCUUUGUCUGCGACGUGUUGGACUCGUCGAGCAUCGUCAAGGCCGUCGAGGGCACCGUCGAAUGGGCGAGGGCGACGAGGAGACCGCUCGGUGGCGUAAUCCCUGCCGCUGGCGUCUCAACACCGGCGACGAUUCUCGACCGCGACGGCGCCGCCUUUAACCUCGACGACGUCGACUUUGUGCUCGGCGUCAACCUGCGCGGCGUUUUGGAUCUCGUGAGCAAGUCGGUCGAGCAGAUGGCCAAGAGCGAGGCCGAUACCGACGGCGAGCGUGGCGUCGUCGUCAUGGUGGCCUCCUCUGCCGCAUUUGACGGCCAAAAGGGCCAGCUGUCGUACUCGGCGAGCAAGGGAGCGGUGGCGGCCAUGACGCUGCCGAUGGCGCGAGACCUGGCCCGGUACGGGAUCCGCGUCGUGACGAUUGCGCCGAGCCUGUUCGAGACGCGCAUGACGAGCAUGAUGUCGGCCAAGGUGCGCAAGAGCCUCGAGGCCACCUUUGAGUUCCCGAAGCGCUCGGGCAGGCCGGACGAGUUUGCGUCGCUCGUGAGGCAGUCGAUUGAGAACUCGAUGCUCAACGGCACCGUCAUCCGGCUCGAUGGUGGCUCGCGGCCUUCCAAGAUUUAG